AUGCUACGAAAGAAAUUUGAAUAUUUUUCUAAUUUUAUUUUUACCCAUCCAGCAAUUAUUUGUUCUUUUUUAUUUAUUUUUGCCUUUAUUCUUCCAAUUAUUUUGUUGUUUGUUUUCCCUCUUAGAUUAGGGAAUAAUCCGGAAAAGGGAUUCGAAACAGACGGAACAGAAUAUUCCAAAACUCGUUUAACUUGGGCUCGUUUACAGCCUUAUCUCCUUCAAGGCAGCCAAGUUGAAUUUAAUUUAGAAAAUGAACAAAAUUUACAAAAAAGAAUAAAUAAACGUUCAUGGGCUAAUGAUUUAAUUAAUUCUAUGUUUAGUGCUGUUACUUGUUAUGAUGAACCUAUACCUGCAAUGUCUUUUCUCUCACAAUUUGUUAUUGAAAUAGCCGACAAAGACUCAUUAUUCUCCCUAGAAUUUAUUCAACAAUUAUGUUCAUUACAACAAAAAUUAUUUUUUGAAUUAUCCUCUUUUUCGAGUUUUACUUUAUACAAAAAUAUUUGGAGUUGGUCCAAUUUUGUUAAUUGUUUAGCUCCUAAUCAGCGAGAUAAUUGUUCUCAAAUUAAUGAGGAGGAUGUUAAUAGCUUUAAAAAUAUUUUCUUCCAUCACUGCCUCCCUCAUCGCCAAACAAUUUUGGAUUGUGGCCGUAUUUGUGGCCAAAUAAAAUCCUCAAUUUCUGGAAAUAUUUUAAAUACUAGUCAGCGUCAAAAAAGAGAAUUUACUUCUUCAAAUAAUUUAUUUGAAGAAUUUAUUGAAGAAAAAAAUAAAUGUUUUCAACUUGAAAUUUGUUUAAAAAUUCCGAAGGAAUGUAAAGGGCAAAUGUGGUUUGAUUUGUUUUACCGCAUUUUGCCAGAAGAUGUUUACUCUAGACCGUUAUUUCUAAACAAUUUUUUGCCUUUCUAUACCUUUGCUGCAUACCGGUUACAAGGAAUUAGUGUCCCUUUAAAUUUAUUUGUUAAUUUUGAAUUUAAAUUGAAAGAAAUUGCUAAAGAAAAGGAUACUUUAUUUGAAUUAAAAGGUCUCUCCCUCGAUACUAAACGAGAUUUACUUUUGGAAGCAGCUUUAAAUGAUUCUAAACUAACUCUAAUUUCUGCUUCUAUUGUUUUUGCGUUGCUAGCAAUAUAUUCGUUAAGCAUUGUUUUUGCUUUAAUUGUUUCGUUACAACUUGCUAGUUCUGUUUUUAUUUCUUUGGCUAUAUUUAGAUUGUUUAUUUCGUCAGAAAUACCAGAAUUAAAUUUAAUCUCUUUUGUUCUGUUAAUUUCUGUCGGUUCUGAUGGGGCGUUUCUUUUACUUGAUGUUUUUCCUGCCCCAGAAAGGCUUACACCAACAACAUUAAAUAAAGCAUUAAAACAUAUAGCAAAAACAAUGUUUUUAACACAAUUCUCCACAGUUAUUCCGUUUAUGUUAAAUUUAUUAUCGAGUGUUUAUGCCUUUCGUAGUUUUGGUUUAUUUGCUGGAUUAACUUUAAUUUUCAAUUAUUUUUUGCUUGUGACCUUCCUUCCAGCAUUUUUAGUUUUGCAAAGUCGUUGGCUUAAUCCUUGGUUUGUCCGUUGGUGGCCAAGUCGUUGUUGGUAUUGCUUUUCGGGUAUAGGCGGAGGAUAUUCUGGCACUUCUCUUCCUCUUGGAGGGAUUAAACAAAACCAACAGCACCAAAAUACUCGUUGUUCUCCACUCUUAUUUAAAUUCCCAACAAAUUGGCUAGAACGUUAUAGACAUUUUAAUCGUCUCGUUUUGGACGAUAUAUUGCCUUCAGUAUUAAUUCAAGGAAGAUUUGUAUGGCUCGGAUCUUUGUUUAUAUUUUUUGGAAUCAAUAUUUAUUUAAUUUGCACUCAAUUGUCUCUACCUCGUUAUAAUCCACUACAAUUAUUUAGAGCGUCUAAUACUCAUGAAUUUUAUGAUCAGGUGUGGUCUUAA